UUCAGAUAAAUUUAGAAUGUCUGUCAGAUGAUUUCACAGUUCUCAUCAAUGGUGUAGGACUCAAUCGGUUCAUAAUGCCCGAAUCUUCUAAAAAACGACACUAUCGUAGUGGAUCUCCGGGAACAGACGACUCGCCCGACAGAAAGAAGAAAAAAAAGAGAGCAGAAAAGGAGCGGAAGACAGAAAAAGACAGAAAAACCAAAAGAUCCAGAUCUCGUUCUGCGGAACAUAAUAGCCGUGCCAGUGGGGCCAGCAGAGGAAGUGGAAAUGGCAGUGGCGGUGGAGGGGGCUAUGAGCAGCAUGAAGGGGGUAGUAGCAGCAGUAGUCGAGGGGGGAUGAAGAGGAGGUCACGCAGCCGGGAGAGGGAAAGGUCACCCGUGAGGGGGGACAGAAAGAGAUCGAGGGAGAAGAAGAAGAACCGAGACAGAAAUGAAGGAGAAAAACAUCACAGGUCUCGCAGAGAUGACAAAGGGAAAAGUGGAAGUGGUGGUGGAGGCUCCUCAUAUCAGGAUAAAGUGGCCCAGAUAUUGUCUUCUGGAAAGAGUCAGGAGGAAAUCCAGAAGGAACUGGAACAGGAGAUGCAGAAGCGCAGAGAAAAAGUUGCACAAUGGCGCUCGGCCAACAAGGACAUCUCUACAGCUGCUCCCAAUGGCUCUUCAAAUACAGCUCUUGCAAAUGGUGGAAAGGGGGCGUUGUCUGGGGGUGUCAAUCAGCAGCAGUCCUGGUCACUGGAGAACGACGAGGAGGACGACUACGAAGCCACCAGCGACGAAGGACCGGACCACGGAACAGGGACCGAAGCCCCCUCCACUAACAAUGCCGGAGAGGGAAGUUCGAACAGUUCUGCUGUGAAACAAAAUGGCGAGGGGGUUAAACCGGGUCCGACUGGGAAUGAAACAAAAGAACCAGAAGCAGUUAAAGAGGAGCCGGAUGAAGAAGUUGACCCACUUGACCAGUUCAUGAUGGAGAUAGACAAAGCAGUAAAACCAAAGAAAUCAGGAGAUGUCGGCCUUUUCAAUUCGACAAACGGCAGUGGCGCCAGCUCGAUGGUGGUGAAGAAAAUGGUGGUGGUGAAGAAAACUGUUGUUUCAGCUCCAACCCUCUCUUCAAGCAGCAGUGCGAGUUCGGGGGGCACACUCACAUCCAGCAAGGGCAAGUUGAGUGCAUUAACCGCCCCCACCUCAGGAACAGCAGCAGUGGGAGGCAGAGGCGGAAGUGUCAAGAACAACAAGCAAGAGAUGAGUGAAGUGGAGAAGAAGAGAGGCGUGUUGAUAGAACAGGGACAGGAUGCGCUAGAAUAUUCGUCGGAAGAAGAGGACAAGGUGACUUUGGGGGAGUUGAAUGCAGCGACAGACCACAAGCGACUGAAACUAGUCCAGGUUGACCACUCCAAGAUCGAGUAUCCUCCCUUCAGUAAACAGUUCUACGUCGAGGUCCCAGAGAUAGCACGCAUGACCAAGGCUGAAGUGAGUAAAUACAGAGAGAAUGAUUUGGAUGGGACGAAGGUGAAGGGCGCAAAUUGUCCCAAACCCAUCAAGUCGUGGGUGCAGGCAGGAGUAUCCAAGUCAGUCCUCACUGUGCUCAAGAAGAACAAGUACGAGGCCCCCACCCCCAUCCAGGCUCAGGCGCUUCCGGUGAUCAUGAGUGGGCGGGACAUGCUGGGCAUUGCACAGACCGGCUGCGGCAAGACACUAGCCUUCGUCAUUCCCAUGAUAAGACACGUCAUGGACCAGGACUUCCUGGAGGAGGGCGAUGGACCCAUAGCUGUACUGAUGACUCCCACUCGUGAACUGGCCCUGCAGACGUUCAAAGAGUGCAAGAAGUUCGCAAAGACACUUGGCCUCAGAGUAGCUUGCGUAUAUGGGGGCACCGGAAUCAGUGAACAGAUUGCGGAGUUGAAGGUGGGGGCAGAGAUUAUAGUGUGCACUCCCGGUCGCAUGAUUGACAUGCUGGCGGCGAACAGUGGCAGAGUCACUAAUCUGAGGCGCUGCACCUACUGUGUGCUCGACGAGGCAGACAGAAUGUUCGACAUGGGCUUCGAACCCCAGGUAAUGCGUAUCAUGGACAAUAUGCGCCCGGACCGACAGACAGUCAUGUUCUCGGCUACCUUUCCGCGUCAGAUGGAGACUCUGGCCAGACGCAUUCUAGACAACCCCAUCGAAAUCCAGGUCGGAGGCAGGUCUGUCGUAUGUCCAGACGUCGAGCAAAACGUGGUCAUAUUGGACGAUGAAGACAUCAAGUUUUACAAGCUACUCGAACUCCUCGGUCUCUAUGCGGAGAAGGGUAGCUCUUUGGUGUUCGUGGAGCGACAAGAGGACGCUGACAAGCUGUUGAAGAGACUCAUGGACGCCUCCUACUCCUGCCUGGCUUUACACGGGGGUCUGGACCAGUAUGACCGGGACUCCGUCAUCCAGGACUUCCGAAUGGGAGUGUGUUCUCUCCUCAUCGCCACCUCAGUAGCUGCCAGAGGUCUGGACGUGCGCAGUCUGUAUCUAGUCGUCAACUAUGACUGUCCAAGUCAUUACGAGGAUUACGUGCACAGAUGCGGUCGUACGGGGAGGGCGGGCAACAAAGGUGUGGCGUACACCUUCAUCACCACAGACCAGGGCAAAUUGUCUGGGGACAUAGUGCGUGCAUUUCAACUAUCCAAAGUAGAGUUGCCUCGAGAACUGCAGCAGCUGUGGGACGAGUACGUCGCAGAACAGAAGGCACUAGGGAAGGAGGUAUACCGUACUGGUGGAUUUGGAGGGAAGGGCUUCAAGUUCGACGAAAGUGAGCGGGAGAUGGACUUAGAGAGGAAGAAACUGCAGAAGAUAUCACAUGGCAUGGGCGAAUCAGACGACGAGGACGACCACAUUAUCGAGAGCAAGAUUGAGCAGAUGUUUGAGACGAAGAAGAGCGUGAAGUCAGUGGAGCCGAGUAUGGAGGAGAAGGCUCAAUUGGCAGAACAGAUGCGACUGGCAGAACAGGCUCAGAAAACACUCGACGCACCCGUCAUAUUCACGGGUAACCAGAACAUAGACAAUAAGAUGAAACAGGCGAGAGAACUGGCCAUGAAGAUGCUGAAGAAUCCACAGCAGGCGUCCAAAUUCUCGGCUGAGAUGACCAAUGCCAUCCACAGGCCUCAAGUGCCCGCUACAGGCUCCAACGCCAUAACCACACCCAACAACAUGAACAAAGACAACUCUUCGUUUAUGGAUGCGGCCAAUGCAUUCCUCAGGACCGGCUCUUUCUCCACUGGCAGCAGCAGCAAAUCAGCGGCUGAGCAGGCAGCGGAGAAGCUGAACCGGAAGCUCAACUACCAGAGGUCUCUCACAGACUCCUCAUCCUCCUCCUCCCUCUCCGCCUCUUCCGCCCACCAGAUGGAAGUGGAUGCACACAUGAUGACCAAGUACGAGGAAGAGCUGGAGAUCAAUGAUUUCCCCGCCACCGCCAGAUUCAAGGUACUGUCGCGUGAGACUCUCACUCACCUGGCCGAGUACUCUGACUGCAUGAUCACGGUGAAGGGACAGUACUACCCCAGCGGACACACGCCGCCCGAGGGAGAGAGGAAACUGUUCCUCGCCAUCGAAAGUAUCCACGAGAGAGGCGUGGCCAUUUGCAAAGCGGAGUUGAUCAGAAUAAUCAAGGAAGAACUUGUGCGAUUGCAAACAAACCAAGGCACGAGGCAGCAAGGACGCUACAAAGUUGUUUGAACCCAGGAAUGCGCAUGCAUUUCGGACCCAUCUUCAUCAGAGAAUUGAUUGUCGACCCCUGAUUCAGAAAUUUGUAGCCAUGCAGUUUCAUUUAUGAUGAUUGAUGAUGUAUUUUGUUUUCACUAUUUCUCACAGUUAAUAUUUAGAGCUAAAAAUAUGAACGAUUUUUUUCUGAAUAGGCUGCAAUUUUCGAUGUGGAAGUACGAUACUUGGGUCAUUUUAUUUAAAAGAAGGAUAAAUUAUCCUGUCAUUUCACAAGCAUAGCUUGUGUUAUAGUAUUAACGUUCUUUUUUUCAACCUAGGGCGCAAAUAUUGUUGCGAUGCAAUUGUUUCGACAAAAUGUGUUCAUUUUGAAAGUGUUCAUUUUGAUCCAGGUUUUAAGUACAGCCAAUGCUAAGGAUAUUAACACAGAAUAUUAUAUUACAAAUAACACUUAGCUUCAAGGCAUCAUGGAUCUGUAGCGGAGAGGUAGGGAGGGAGACCAGCAGCAAAAUAAGAGGGUUCGAACCUGGGCAGGGUCGGAUGUUUUAAUGAACGUUUUCGUAUACUAGUUUAAAUGCGUACGCUCUAUAAAUUAAGACAUGUUAGUUGGUAAUUUUUUUUUUAAUUGACUGGUACUGCGCCAAUGCGUCUUAAUUGGCUUGCGUCACUUAGCAAUUAUGUAGACUCAUAAUUGGCGUGCGUCUCGAAAUUUUGUAGACUCAAAGUUUUACUCAUUCUCCCAGUAGCAUUAUCGGUCAUAUUUUUGCUUGUGUAUGCGAUGUGCAUUUUCGCCUGUGUUUAAAUCAUCAAAAGCGAAAAUCUUAUACGCACCCACUAGUACUAUAUCUGAAAUAGGAGCCACAAACGGAUCUAGGGGUUCAAUAUAAGCUGUUUGGCUGUGGAUUAUUCAACAUCAAAUACGUUUUCUAAAUGGAAUGCAAAUUAGUCUCGAAUCACAAAACUGAAAUUAGCGCGAAAAAACGUAAAUCAUUUGUUAAUAGUCGAUGAACGUAGUUAGACUCUUAUUUAGGUCGCGAUGACUUUUUUCGGGAAAGUCUUGCAAUUUGUUCAGGCUCAAAUUCACUUUUUCGCGUGUUGUCUUUUGGUUUACUUUUUUGUUCAGUUUAUUUCCUUUGUUUAAACUUGCGAAGCGAGUGUAUUAGUACGAACCUUCUGUUUUUUAUAGCCUAAGUCGCAAAUAUUGGUACCACUUUUGGGGCAACUUAACAGCUUUUUAAAAGCAUGUCUUUGACAUUCGAAUAGUAACAAGUCCACAGAGUAGAUGCAUUUUUAAUUUAUCAAAUGAACCGAAAAAAAUUGGUUUGUUUCAAACAACAUGGCAAUAAUGAAACCGCGAUUUCAGAAAUUUUCUAACUCAUAUAUCGCAAUCUUCUGAAAUGCAUAAUUUGUUCAUAAUGUGGCUUUAUGCUUUGCAAUAUGUUUCAUGCAAAAUUAGUGUUGAUACCUUCAGUUUGUUAUAUUCAAAAUUAUUACUUGCGAAAUUGAGUCUAUUUUUAUUUGGUGCCACUUUUGCUGAAUGGCGCUGCCACUUUUGCUGAAUGGCAUUGGGAAUCUAUAAGCAUAUGUAGCUGUUUUAUUCGUGACUAGUGUUUGUCGGUUGGUAAGCUUCCGUGGUUGAGUGGGAAGUGCGUAAGACUCAAAGUCUUUUGAUUGCAGUAGGUCGCAGAUUCGAAUCCUACACGUAGCCUAGUUUUUGCUAAUUCGAAGCUUAUUUUCACCUUUUCUUAUUUCACUUGAUAGAGCUGCUUUUUGGUCGUGUUCUCGCAAGUGUUUGCAAAACGCAGCUUCGCCUCUGUGUGAAACGAAGGCAAAUUCCACUAUCGAUCAGCGAACGUAAAAGGGAACGAAAAAUGUGAUCGACGUCUGGUUUCGAAAAUUGAGUUUGAUUUUCAGCUUUCCCAGCUAAAUAAAAAAUUUACCUAUUGAUCGAGUUUUCUCAGGCGUAAAUUCAUCGAAAAAGUGCCAUCAUAAUUUGUUUUAGAUAUUCGAAGAGCUUGAAGGGCAUCUAAUUUUUCUUCAAAUUUCGAAAGUUGCAAAAUUGAGUCUAUUUUAUUUGGUACCAGUUUUGCUGAAUGGCAUUGGCAAUUUAUUAGCAUAUGUAGCUGCUUUAUUCGUGACUAGUGUUUGUCGGUUGUUAAGCUUCCGUGGCUGAGUGUAAAGUGCGUGAGACUCAAAAUCACUUGAUUGCAGUAGGUCGCAGAUUCGAAUCCUACACGUAGCCUAGUUUUUGCUAAUUCUAGGCUUAUUUCCACUUCUCCUUAUGACACUUGAUAGAGCUGCUUUUUGGUCAUGUUCUCGCAAGUGUUAGCAAAGCGCAGCUUCGCCUCUAUGUGAAAGGAAGGCAAAUUCCAGUAUCGAACAGCGAACGUUAAAGGUAACAAAAAACGUGAUUGACUUCUAGUUUCGAAAAUGGAAUUUGAUUUUUAGAUUUCCCAGCGAAAUAAUAAAUUUACCUAUUGAUCGAGUUUUCUCGAAUUGGCGUAAUUUCAUCGAAAAAGUGCCAUCAUAAUUUGUUUUAGAUAUUCGAAGAGCUUGAAGGGCGUCUAAUUUUUCUUCAAGUUUCGAAAGUUGAGGU